AGCUCUAUUUGUUCAAAAUCGAAUUAAAGCAUAUGACGACUUUCAAGAUGGUACUACAGAUAAACUUGCUGAUUAUACUGUAUAUAAUGCUUUAAUAAAUGCAGCAGAAGCAUGGUCUAAUGUAUCACAACAAACAAUACAUAAUUGCUGGUUAAAAACUGGCAUUCUUCCAGAAAGAACAAUCACUGAACCUUUCAGUAUUAAUGACGAGGAUGAGGAGAAAGAUUUGGAAAUGCUUCUUGAAAAGUUACCAAAUAGUAACAAUCUUUCAGCAAAUGAAUACAUUCAUGUUGAGGAUGAGAAUGUUUGGACAGGCCUCACUGAUGAGGAUAUAAUAGAAAUGGUAAACCAGGAGGAACAGAGUAGCGAAGAGGAAGUUGAAUCAAUGGAAGAAAUUGAGAUAAUAAGUAAUAAAGUAGCUAAAGAGUCAGUAGAUACUGUUUUAAAGUAUUUGUAUCAGAAAGGACCAGAAUUUGGUGAGGUUGAUGAAGAAGUAAAGAUUUUGAGAGGAUUAAAUAGACGGAUUGGGUUAGUUAUUCAAAAAAAUCUUAAACAAACUGACUUAAAUCACUAUUUUGAGGAUAAAAUGAUUGAGUAG